AGGAUGAGGUUCUGUGCCAAAUCAAUGCUUCCAUCUCAGUGGCUGUUCCUGGCAUAUGUGUUAAUGGUGUGCUGUAAAUCGUUGUCCGCGACUAGCUACCAUCCCCGGGGGCACCCAGGCCACCACCAAGUUAAGCAAGGGACCUGUGAAGUGGUUGCAGUGCAUCGGUGUUGCAACAAGAACAGGAUUGAAGAGCGGUCACAGACAGUCAAGUGUUCUUGCCUCCCAGGGCAAGUUGCGGGCACAACGCGGGCUCAGCCCUCCUGCGUGGAAGGUGACCCGGUAGCAAAGCAUAAAGCGAGACAAUGGAAUUUGUGGCUGCAUUGCUGGACUGCUGCACAGAGACAUUUAUUGUGUGCAAAAAGCAUUGUGUUUGGAGUCUCUGCUUUUUGCCUUAGUGGGCAAGAAGGAGCAUGGUUCUGCUUGUUGACUGUGGCAACACUUCGCUAACUUUGACUUUCUUACAAAGCACUGUAUACAUUUUUAAGACAGGACCUUUAUUGCUUUGAUGCUUGAACAUCUAUAAAUGAGCAACCCAAAUUCCUUCUGAAGUACAUCAACUACAGGCCUUUACUUCUA